CCGCAUUUUUCGCAGUAUUUCGCACGAGUUCGCACCGCCAAACACGAGUUACCGAACGGAGAUUACAUCGCCGUUAGUACCAGUGACGGGGUUGCUGCACACACACCGACCUCCCCGCCCCUGCGUCACAGCUACCGCACCGGAUUUCUGUUCUGUCGCUGUUCGUCGGGCACUUGAUUCUCUCACUACCGGUCAGCACAAUACUGCGCCGCUAACAGCACGCUAACAACGUCAUCCUCGAGCCAAUCUGUUUAUUUUCACUCUUGGCAGAGUCUUAUUAUCCCCCUCGAACUUUGCAUUCGAACAGACCCAACCAUGAUCAACUGGGCAAAGGAAGGGGAAGGUCGUUCUUCCCCACAUCCGAGCAGUAUCAGUACCUCCACCAGCACAAGUGCGAGUGCGAGCACGAGCACGACUUCCAACAACACCAACUCGAGCACCACCACCACCACCCGAGGGCACAGGCCAAUGGUGCCUAGUAUAUCGAUCAACUUUUCUGACCCGACGGACGGACGCGUCGAGAUUGAGGAGAACUCUCCUACCGCGUCUACUCAUUCGCGAAGACCGUCACUUUCUACAAUCCCGGAACAAUCCCAUUAUGGUGUCAUGCUUGAUGCCCCGCAAACUCCCCCACAGCAAAGAGUGAUGCGAAGAGCGAGCAAUUCCCCACCGGAUAUCAACCCUUCAAACCUCUCACCAACACCUCAGAGCGGAGGCCUCUCACCGCCGUUCUCUGAUGACCUCCUUCGCGUCCCUUCAUCAGCGAGCACGUCCUCCCCAACCCCGCAUACACCCCCAUCACCAGGCACGUCCGAUGGUCUGCGUGUCCCUUCCCCCUCCUUUGGUUAUACAGCUAGCUCCGGUCCUCCCUCCCCCAUCACCCCUCCUGGUUCUCCCGGAGCACUAGGUGGGACCCCCUACCAACCCCCACCCUCUCCCGCUCUCUCCACCAUCUCCCGUUCGAGUUCAGUCCAUUUCGCACCUACAACCUCCGUCGCUCUUAGGGAUAACCACCCGGAUGCCACGAGCGGGUUCACAAGUCUCGCGAUGCUCAACACGCCUACCAAGGGCGCACAUCAUAUGCGCAGACCGAGUACGAACACGUUCGCGAGCAGUAGCUGGGAGGGAAGCUUCGAGGGUGCUGAACUGGGUGAGCUUCUUAGCUCACCACGUAGUCUUCUCUCUGGCUCUGGAAGGAGAACACUGGGUCCCUCGGAUCAGAGAAGCGUUAUAGCUAACAGUGUCAUGUCUGGCGACACUGGGACGGCGACAGAGCCAGGAGGGACCUCAGAGGGGGAUACAAAACCUGGGAAGAAGAUGAAGAAGCAUGAGCGAGAAGCACUCGACGCUAGCAAGGAGAUUGACAACCCUGCACCGUUCGCGUUCCCCCCUGUCAAGCUGGCUAGUCUUGUGGACCCGAAGAACCUGGAGUUGUUGCAUGAGUUUGGUGGGGCUGAGGGGCUGGCGAGAGGCUUGGGUACGGAUCGAGAGAGAGGCUUGGGACGAGAUCAGCUUGUUGGUGCGGUUGUUGUCCCUCCGCUGGCGGUCAAGGGGCAGAAGACGGUGGCGAAGGACAAAGCGAGCGAGGCUGUGGCAGAACGAGAGCGUGAGCGCCAACACGAGGAGGAGGAGAGGGAACAGGCGCACGAACACGAGGACCCUGCAUAUACGGCAAAUUUGGGUAAAAGGCAGGAGAUAUAUGGCAAGAACACACUUCCCCAGAGGAAGAGCAAGAGCUUGCUUUUGCUCAUGUGGCUUGCGCUGAAGGACAAGGUUCUUAUAAUCUUGUCCAUCGCUGCGGUCGUUUCCCUCGCCCUUGGCUUGUACCAAGAUCUCGGAACGCCGCCCGAGCGCUUCCAAGGUGCUGGCUGCCCACCUGAAGGAUGUGUCGAGCCCCGCGUCGACUGGGUAGAGGGCGUAGCGAUCGUCAUCGCGAUCCUCAUUGUCGUCCUUGUGGGAAGCCUCAACGACUGGCAAAAAGAGCGCCAGUUCAAGAAGCUCAACGAGAAGAAGGAAGAUCGAUCGGUCAAGGUCAUCCGCAUGGGACGAGAGAUGCUCAUCAACAUCAAGGAUGUUGUUGUGGGUGAUCUGGCACUCAUGGAGCCAGGCGAGAUCCUCCCUGUCGACGGCGUCGUCGUACGGUGUCAUAAUCUCCGAUGUGACGAGUCUGGCGCAACGGGCGAAUCGGACGCGAUCCGCAAGUACCCAUUCGCGGAUUGUUGGGGGGAGCAUGAGAACCUCCAGCCUGGCCAGAAAAAGAAGAGGGACUGCUUCAUGCUCUCAGGGUCGAAGGUUCUCGAGGGUGUCGGAGAAUACAUCGUCAUCGCCGUCGGCCCACGCUCGUUCCACGGGAGGAUUAUGCUCUCACUGUCCGGGGAUUCAGAGAACACCCCGCUCCAAUCGAAGCUGAACGACCUUGCAGAGCUCAUCGCCAAGCUGGGCAGUCUGGCCGGUGCGCUCUUAUUCGGCGCUCUGAUGAUCAAGUUCUUCGUGCAGCUGCACACGGAUCCGAACAGGACGGCAAACGAGAAAGCUAUGAGCUUCAUCCAGAUCCUUAUCAUCUCUGUCACGAUUGUUGUCGUUGCUGUUCCUGAGGGACUACCAUUAGCGGUCACCUUGGCGCUUGCGUUCGCCACUCGGCGCAUGACAAAAGAGAACCUGCUUGUCCGGGUGCUAGGAUCAUGCGAGACGAUGGCGAACGCCAACGUCGUCUGCACGGACAAGACCGGCACGCUCACGACCAACGUCAUGUCCGUCGUUGCUGGCUCCAUUGGCAUCCGAGCCAAGUUCGUCCGGAGGCUAGAUGAGAACAAGGACCGCGCCAAAGUCGACCAAGAACGCCGCGAGCGUCAUCAGGACGAUUUUGCUGUCGACCUCCAGGAGCUAAGCAGGGUCGUCAAGCGCCCCUUGAGGAAGCUGCUGGCAGAUUCGAUCAAUAUCAACAGCACUGCGUUCGAGGACACCGACCACGAGACAGGGGAAAUGGAUUUCGUCGGAUCGAAGACCGAGACGGCUCUUUUGCGGUUCAUCAAGGAUCUCAAUUGGGGCGACUAUCGCGAUGCUCGUGAAUGGGCUGAAACGAGGACGGUACAGGUCAUCCCCUUCUCCAGCGAACGCAAGGCAAUGGGCAUCGUUGUCAGGUUGGAUAACGGCCAGUACCGGUUCUACGUCAAGGGUGCAAGUGAGAUCCUCAGCAAACUGUGUAAUCGCCAUGUCGUCGUUUCGAAGCCGCUGGACGAGGAAAGCGGAGAGGAGGAUGAUACCACUCUCAAGGAUGAGGAUGUCGAAGUUGCAGAUUUCGACAUGCAUACUCGGGAGAACAUCCAGCGCACCAUCAUCUUCUAUGCCAAUCAGUCGCUGCGAACUAUCGCUAUCUGUUAUCGGGACUUUGAAUCUUGGCCUCCUCCGGGCUUCCAUGCUAGGGGCGAUGUCGAGAAGGACGUUUCCUGGCGCCGACUUGCACAAGAUAUGACACUCAUUGCGAUCACUGGUAUUGAAGACCCGUUGCGCGAGGGGGUCAAGGCUGCUGUCGCUCAGUGUCACAAGGCUGGUGUAGAUGUCAAGAUGUGCACUGGUGACAACGUGCUUACCGCUCGUUCAAUCGCAUCUCAAUGCGGGAUCUUCACUGCUGGAGGUAUCAUCAUGGAAGGACCUCGAUUCCGCAAAUUGAGUGAGGCAGAAAAGGACGAGAUCGUCCCUCGGCUGCAGGUGCUUGCGAGAUCAUCUCCGGAAGAUAAGAAGAUUCUUGUUACUAAGCUCAAAGCUCUCGGACAGGUGGUUGGUGUGACUGGCGACGGCACAAAUGAUGGGCCUGCUUUGAAGACCGCUGAUGUUGGCUUCUCUAUGGGCAUUACCGGCACAGAGGUGGCUAAGGAGGCGUCCGAUAUCGUCCUCAUGGACGAUAAUUUCACGUCCAUUGUCAAGGCAAUCAUGUGGGGUCGCUGUGUUAAUGAUGCUGUACGCAAAUUCUUGCAGUUCCAGGUGACAGUCAACAUUACUGCUGUGAUCGUUACGUUUAUCACAGCCGUCGUGUCUGGAAGCGAAACGUCUGCUCUUACGGCUGUCCAGUUGCUUUGGAUCAACAUCAUCAUGGACACUUUCGCUGCCCUCGCUCUCGCCACCGAUCCGGCGACCCCGGCGUUGCUGGACCGCAAACCAGACCGCAAGACAGCCCCACUAUUCUCCGUGGAAAUGAGCAAAAUGAUCGCUGGUCAAGCUGUGUACCAAACUUUCAUCGUUCUUUUCUUCCACUUUGCCGGCAACGGGAUCUUCGGUUACAAUAGCACCGAUCAAUCUAUCCAGCGGGCUCAGCAGGCCGAACUCGACACCCUCGUGUUCAAUUCGUUUGUCUUCGCUCAGAUCUUCAACUCAAUCAAUUGUCGACGCCUCGAUAACAAGUUGAAUAUCUUCGAAGGUCUCCUUUCUAAUUGGUAUUUCAUAGCCAUUACACUCCUUGAAAUUGGCGUUCAGAUCCUUAUUGUCUUCGUCGGGGGCGCCGCCUUCCAAGUACAAGCUAUGAAUGGACGGGAUUGGGGCAUUUCUAUCGCCCUAGGUGUCAUGUCGAUACCGAUUGGCGUCGCCAUUCGUUUCAUUCCCAACGCGCCCGUCGAGAAGCUCAUGAUCCGAUGCCGUCUGAUGAAGGACCCGACCGUACUACCAGUGCAGUCGCCGGAAAGCGAGGAAACUUGGAAUCCGGCGAUCAACAAGGUUCGCGACAACCUUAACACGUUUGCUAACAUUCGUGGCGGGCGCAUGCGGGGUUCCUCCUUUGUCCUUAAGAGCAGGAGUGCACAGCUGGACGAAGCAGGUGUUCGAUUACCCUCUCUGCUCACUAUGAUCCCUACACUCGUUGCUACCUCUGUUGGUGCCGGCUGGGUUCCGCAAUCAGGGUCGUUCUCAGAUCCAGCUGGAAUCGACCCAUCACGUUCUACCGCCGGAUUGGUAGAUGAGGGCAUUCAAGUUCAUCCGGACACAUCCCACGACGACUUUGUUUGGAAGAGAUGGGGCAAUACAGGAACAUAGAUUGUUGCUGUAUGAGACCAUUUUAUUCUUUCCAACAACCUGUACAUUGAGUUGUCAAGAUCGGUUCUAGCUGGUCGAUGUACAUUCUCAGCACAAGCGCGCGAGCUGUGCAUCACGGUCUCCACAUUGACUCGCAGUCAUAAACUGAGCACGCCCAUUUCAAGGCACACAUGAAUAGAGCUCAUUCAUUUCGCAUCCCAAUCACUUGUAUUGUAUAUCAUGCAUCAUACAUCUCUGUAACAAUUAAUAGUCAGACCCGUAGACUCGGUUGCAUAAUACCACAUUCC